UUAAAUACAACGUCUACAACAUGGCUUUUUUAUGUGGUAAGAUAAUCGCAAAUAGCACAAUGUGAAACAAAUUAUUCAAUGCGAAUUAUAUUUUUAGAUGUUGAAGGAAAUGUAUCGUUGUUUUCAACAACACACAAUAAAAUACUUUUGGGAUGAUAAAUAUAAUUUGUUAUCGAGAAUUAAAAAAGCUGAGAUGAGUAAUAUAACAGGACGUUUGCAAAACAUUAUAAAGCAAAUUGAACGAAAUGCACCGUCCGAUCCAUUUAUAGUAGCUAAAUUAAUUUUGGAUCAACAAGAAUUUGAAUUGUUGAUGGAAGAAUGUAAUAGAAGAGGGUUUGAAAAUAUGAGUAUUAAGGACGACGAUCAAGGACAAAAUGAUGGAUGGACAUGUAAUAUAUCAUAAUAAAUAAUAUUAUGUGGUAUGAACGCUUUUACAAAAUUGUAAAUUUUUGUCUGUGACAAUAAAAGGAAUUGUAACUAUUUUUAAAAAGAA